CGGUCGACGGUCAACGGUUGAAAAUUAUUUACACCCACAAAGUCCCCCACCUUUGCUCUUUUCCCUUCUCCUCUCCUCUUCUUCUCUCUCGCUCUUCUCUCUGUCCUCAGUCCUCUCUUCCCUUUUCUCUGUGUCCCAGUGUUCUCUGCGUGCGCUGCCUUGACUGUGCAACUGACUGCGUCUGACAACCAACUUGGACCCGAGCUUCACAACCCCUCCCCCCACCAACCCCCCCUGCACAAGCUCUUCCGGGCUCCAACGUAUUCGAGAUGCACUCCAAGCAGCUGCUUGCCCUCGCAUCCCUUGCGUCCUUGAUCCAGGCGCAAGAGACUGUUCUCGGCGUCUACAUCUUCCACCGUCAUGGUGACCGCACGUCGAAGAGCUGGCCGCCUGCCUCCCUGACGGAUCUCGGUUACCACGAGGUCUUCUCCUCGGGCCAGUUCUACCGCGAUCGCUACAUUGAUGCCAACGCCUCCAACCCCAUCUACAACGUCAGCCCCAACCUUGUCAAGAACAGCCAGUUGAAUGUCCAGGCACCGGUAGACACUGUCUUGCAGAACUCGGCUUCUGGCUUCCUCCAGGGUCUCUACCCACCUGUUGGAGCUACCCUGGGCAGCCAGACUCUUGCCAAUGGCACUGAUAUCGAGGCACCAUUGAACGGCUUCCAACUGAUCCCCGUGAACGCGGUCCAGUCCGCAUCAUCCAGCGCCAACUCAGAAAACUCGGCAUGGCUCCAAGGUUCAAGCGGUUGCAACAAUGCUAUUGUUAGCUCCAACAACUACUUCUACUCGGAGGAGUAUCUGUCCAUGUUGAACAAAACCGCAGACUUCUACCAGAGCGUCUUACCAGUGAUCAACACCACCUUCACCUCUGCUCAGGAUUCGUUCAAGAACGCUUACACCAUCUACGACUACAUUCACGUCUCUGAGAUCCACAACUCGACUAUUCCGUCCUCUGACCUCCUUACCCCGGAGGUCUUGCACCAACUGCAAACCCUUGCCGAUAACCAUGAGUUCAACUUGGCAUACAAUGCCUCGGAGCCGAUUCGUGCCAUUGCCGGAAGCACUCUGGCUGCGCAAAUUGUGCAACAACUGAACGCGACCAUCACUGGAAAAUCCGCCCAGCAGGUUGGAAUCCAAUUCGGUGCAUACGGCUCUUUCUUCUCCUUCUUCGGCCUCGCCCAACUCCCUUCCGUGUCCGUCAACUUCACCGGAAUCGUCGACUAUGCCUCGUCGAUGACCUUCGAGCUCGUGACCAACGCCACCGUCUCCCAAACCUCCUACCCCUCCCCUGACGACAUCUACGUCCGCUUCCUGUUCGCCAACGGCACUGCGGCCGCCAACCCCCUUUCCGAAUACCCUCUGUUCGGCCAGCAGCAGAGCCCCCUCCCCUGGAACACCUUCGUCUCCGAGAUGGGCAAGAUCUCCAUCGGCGACCAAGCCUCCUGGUGCAAGGCCUGCGGCAACAGCUCCGGCGUGUGCGCCUCCGCCGACACCGCCUCCUCCACCGGCGCCCAGUCCUCCAGCAAGUCCUCAUCCGGCAGCGGCAUGUCCCUCGGCGUCGCUGGCGUCAUCGGCGCCAUGGUCACCCUCGGCGUCAUCUUCGGCCUCGAGGCCCUGAUCAUCCUCGUCGGUGGCCUGCGGCUCGUGCCUAAGCGCAGACUGAACAUCACCACCGCCGCCGUGACCCCUGUUGCCAAAGUCUAA